AAAUGCCUCUCCAGCUGAAGUGACUCCCCCCUCAUUACUACUGAACUCUCUCAUCUCAUUGCACCACAAGCAGAGAGCGAGCAUUUGGAACUCUUUUAAACUUUCUAUUUCACUUUUAAGACUUAUUUUAGUUCAUUUUGAGAAUCAUGUUUUGGUCACUAUUGUGCGUAAUCGUAGCAUUUGCGUCUGCAGAUGCGCAAAUGUCCAACCGGUAUGUUAUUGGAUGUCCUGCUCGGUGUGACAAGUCGAUGUGUCCUCGGCUACCAGCGGACUGCCAGGCGGGACAAAGCCUCGACGCCUGCCACUGCUGCCCGGUGUGCGCGUCCAGCGAGGGCGAAGCUUGCGGUGGCAUGGGGAAGCUAGGGGACCCGGUGUGCGGAGAGGGGCUGGAGUGCUCUGUUCCUGGCGGCGUGGCAUACACUGUCACGGUGAGGAGGAGAAGCAAGAGUGGGACUUGCGUGUGCAAAGCCACCGACCCGGUUUGUGGAAGCGAUGGGGUGUCCUACCGGAAUAUCUGCGAGCUGAAGAGGGUCAGCCGCCGGGCGCAGAAGCUGCAGCAGCCACCUGUUCUUUUCAUUCAGCGGGGAUCCUGUGGGAAAGCUCAGGACAACCCAGACAGCCCAAGACACAAAUAUAACUUCAUCGCCGACGUGGUGGAGAAAAUUGCUCCGUCUGUGGUUCACAUUGAACUUUACCGCAAGAUGACCUAUUCCAAGCGGGAAGUGGCAGUGGCCAGUGGAUCUGGCUUUGUUGUGGCAGAAGAUGGCCAGAUUGUGACCAAUGCCCACGUUGUGGCCAAUAAGCACCGGGUGAAAGUGGAGCUGAAGAGCGGUGGCUUCUAUGAUGCCAAAAUCAAAGACGUGGACGAGAAAUCGGACAUCGCCCUCAUCAAGAUUGAAGCACCGACCAAGCUUCCUGUCUUGUUGCUGGGCCGUUCAUCAGACCUGAGACCAGGGGAGUUUGUGGUUGCUAUUGGAAGCCCGUUUUCCCUCCAGAACACAGUUACUACGGGAAUUGUCAGCACCACUCAGCGAGGGGGCAGAGAGCUGGGCCUUCGCAACUCCGAUAUGGAGUACAUACAGACUGAUGCCAUCAUAAAUUACGGCAACUCCGGAGGACCUCUAGUAAAUCUGGAUGGCGAGGUGAUUGGGAUCAACACGUUGAAAGUGACGGCUGGCAUCUCCUUUGCCAUACCCUCAGACAAAAUUCGAGAGUUCCUGGCAGAGUCCUACGAUAGGCAGUCCAGAGGGAGUGCAGCUGCUAAGAAGAAGUAUAUUGGUGUGAGGAUGAUGACUCUCACUCCAACGCUUGCCAAAGAGCUGAAGACUCAACUCCGUGACUUCCCUGACAUCACCUCUGGAGCUUAUGUUAUGGAGGUCAUUGCAAAGACGCCAGCUGCAACUGCUGGACUCAAAGAGCACGACGUCAUCACCUCGAUCAAUGGCCAAAGGAUCUUAUCCGCAAAUGAUGUCAGUGCUGCCGUCAAGCGGGAGGGAACUUUGAAAGUAGUUGUGCGCCGUGGAAAUGAAGAUGCUAUCCUCACAGUUGUUCCCAUGGAGAUUGACCCUUAACCCUCUACAAAUCACACCACAGGAGCUGGAGCUAGGUUUUACUUAUCACCAGUGGACCUUAUAUUUAAGAGGGGCUUCUACUGACACACCCUCUCCCUGUGGCCGAAGGCUAGUGGCGCCACACAUUCAGGAAAAUUCUGGCUUUGCCUUGAAAGGAUUGGCUUUACAGAUGCUCUAAAAUCAGCACUUUGUUCGAAGUGUGGGUUUUCACUUUUAGUCUUCAAUGCUUUGAUCAACGCUACUAAUGUUUGGUCACAAACAUAAGUAGUUGGUUACUGUCAAAUUGUUUUAUCUGCUUUCUCUUGUUUUUUUGUCUUUUUUAAUGUGGACUUUUGCUCAGUCAGGUCUUCCAUUGCUAUUUUAAGCAAUUUAGAGAUGGCUGGGCAAAUCUGAUUCAUAUAAUUGUUAUUUUCUAACUCCUUUUUCAAAGUACUGUAAAAUGUUUUUGUUGGUAUUGUGAUGUGUACUGAGAAGAAAAUAAAGGGUUCACCUUCUUUUGUUUUGACA